GCCCUGCUCAGCCGCCGAGAGCCGCGAGCUGCGUUCCGGCCCGGGGCAGGGCUGACACCGGAGCGGGCGCGGGUCCCGGCCGUCGGCACCGGGAGGAGAAGGAGGAGGAGGAGAGCGCUGAGGCGCUCGGGUCCCCGCCGACCAGCCAGGGGUCCUGGCCGCGGCGCUCGGCACGUGCAGCGACCCGCCCUGUCCGGCAUGGCGCGCCAACCCCGGGUGCCCCCCGCCGCCCCUUAGCGCCGCGGCGGCCCACCGACUCCGGGCCCCGGGCCCCCCGGGCAUGGAGCCGCACGUGCUCGGUGCCCUCCUCUACUGGCUGCUGCUGCCCUUCGCGCUCCUGGCCGCCUGCCUGCUCCGCUUCAACGCACUCUCACUGGUCUACCUGCUGUUCCUGCUGCUGCUACCCUGGCUCCCCGGCCCCUCCCGGCACAGCCUCCGAGGUCACACUGGCCGCCUCCUCCGAGCCCUGCUGGUCUUCAGCCUCCUCUUCCUGGUAGCCCACGUCGCCUUCCAGAUAUGUCUGCACACCGUGCCCCACCUGGACCAGCUUCUGGGGCCAAGCUGCAGCCCCUGGGAGACCCUCUCCCGACACAUAGGGGUCACAAGGCUGGACCUGAAGGACAUCCCCAACGCUGUCCGGCUGGUGGGCCCUGACCUGGGCAUCGUGGUGGUCUCCUCCGUGUGCCUCGGCCUCUGCAGGCGCCUCACACGGGAAACCCGGCAGAGCCAGCAUGCCCGGGAGUUGGACGAUGAUGAGAGGGAAGUGGACACUGGCUACGCAGCAGGACUUUGGGGAGCCCCUGCACUGGCCCCUAAACAGCGGUCUCGGCUGGCUGCCCGGUUCCGGAUCACAGCCCACUGGCUGCUGGUGGCCGCUGGGCGAACGCUGGCCAUAGUGCUGCUCGCGCUGGCAGGCAUCGCCCACCCCUCGGCCUUCUCCAGCGUCUACUUCCUGCUCUUCCUGGCCAUCUGCACCUGGUGGGCCUGCCACUUUCCCAUCAGCCCCCUAGGCUUCAGCGCACUCUGUGUCAUGGUAGGCUGCUUUGGCGCCGGCCAUCUCAUCUGCCUCUACUGCUACCAGACGCCCUUCGCCCAGGCCCUGCUCCCACCUACCAGCAUCUGGGCCAGGGUGUUCGGUCUCAAGGACUUUGUGGCUCCCACCAACUGCUCCAGUCCCAGCGUGCUGGUCCUUAACACCAGCCACGAUUGGCCCGUCUACGUGAGCCCUGGCAUCUUGCUGCUUCUCUGCUACACGGUGACCUCACUCCUGAAGCUCCGCACAUGCCAGCCCCUCGACCAGAGGAAGGAGGUGGCCGGGGGCGACAAGGAGCGGGAGGUGGAGCUGACCGAGAUGGACCAGUGGCCCCAGGGCCAGGCCAGGGCUGUGGCCACCAAGGAGGAGGGGGUUGCCCAGCGCAUGGUGCCCACGCCCACGGGGCCUGACUCGGAGGCCGACAACUGCAUUGUGCAUGACCUGACCAGCCACAGCCCCGUCCAGCAGCGCCCCCUGUACCCCAGGCUGGCUGAACCUCAAGAGACGUCUCCGCUGCACGGCCUGGGCCACCUCAUCAUGGACCAGAGCUACGUGUGCGCCCUCAUUGCCAUGAUGGUGUGGAGCAUCACCUACCACAGCUGGCUGACCUUCGUGCUGCUGCUCUGGGCCUGCCUCAUCUGGACAGUGCGCAGCCGCCACCAGCUGGCCACGCUCUGCUCGCCCUUCAUCCUGCUCUACGGGCUGGUGCUGUGUGGCCUGCGCUACGUGUGGGCCAUGGACCUGCGUCCCGAGCUGCCCACCACCCUGGGCCCCGUCAGCCUGCGCCAGCUGGGGCUGGAGCACACCCGCUACCCCUGCCUGGACCUGGGCGCCAUGCUGCUGUGCACUCUGACCUUCUGGCUCCUGCUGCGGCAGUUUGUCAAGGAGAAGCUGCUGCAGAGGGCGGGAGCGCCCCCUGUGCUGACAGAGGUGACUGUGGCAGACACAGAGCCCACGCGGACGCGGACGCUGCUCCGGAGCCUGGGGAGGCUGGUCACGGGCCUCUACGCCAAGUACUGGAUCUACGUGUGUGCGGGCAUGUUCGUUGUGGUCAGCUUCGCCGGCCGCCUCGUUGUCUACAAGAUCGUCUACAUGUUCCUCUUCCUGCUCUGCCUCACCCUCUUCCAGGUCUACUACAGCCUGUGGCGGAAGCUGCUCAAGGUCUUCUGGUGGCUGGUGGUGGCCUACACCAUGCUGGUGCUCAUCGCUGUCUACACCUUCCAGUUCCAGGACUUCCCCACGUACUGGCGCAACCUGACAGGCUUCACUGAUGAGCAGCUGGGGGACCUGGGCCUGGAGCAGUUCAGUGUGUCCGAGCUCUUCUCCAGCAUCCUCGUGCCCGGCUUCUUCCUGCUCGCCUGCAUCCUGCAGCUGCACUACUUCCACCAGCCCUUCAUGCAGCUCACCGACCUGGAACACGCCCGCCACCCGCGCCCGCACCCGGCUCACAGGCAGGACGCGGUGAGCAGAACCCCGCUGCUAGAGCAGGAGGAGGAGGAGGAGGCCCCCAGGGAAGAGGGGCAGAGCACGGCUGGCCCCCCCCAGGCCACACAGGUCCCGGAAGCCACAGCCAACAAGUGGGGCCUGGUGGCCGAGCGGCUGCUGGACCUGGCCACUGGUUUCUCGGACAUCCUCACCCGUGCCCAGGUGUUCGUGGGGCGCCUGCUGGAGCUGCAUGUCUUCAAGCUGGUGGCCCUGUACACCGUCUGGGUGGCCCUGAAAGAGGUGUCAGUGAUGAACCUCCUGCUGGUGGUGCUGUGGGCCUUUGCCCUGCCAUACCCCCGCUUCCGGCCCAUGGCCUCCUGCCUGUCCACCGUGUGGACCUGCAUCAUCAUCGUGUGCAAGAUGCUCUACCAGCUCAAGGUGGUCCGCCCGCAUGAGUACUCCAGCAACUGCACUGAGCCCCUUCCCAACAGCACGAACCUGCAGAAGGCCGAGAUCCACCAGUCCUUGCUGUACCGCGGGCCCGUCGACCCCGCCAACUGGUUUGGGGUGCGGAAGGGCUUCCCAAACCUGGGCUACAUCCAGAACCACCUGCAGAUCCUGCUGCUGCUGGUGUUCGAGGCUGUGGUGUACCGGCGCCAGGAGUACCACCGCCGGCAGCACCAGCUGGCCCCGCUGCCCGCACAGGCCGUCUGCGCCGACGGCACCCGCCAGCGGCUGGACAAGGACCUGCUCAGCUGCCUCAAGUACUUCAUCAACUUCUUCUUCUACAAAUUUGGGCUGGAGAUCUGCUUCCUGAUGGCCGUGAACGUGAUUGGGCAGCGCAUGAACUUCAUGGUCAUCCUGCACGGCUGCUGGCUGGUGGCCAUCCUCACCCGCCGGCGGCGCGGGACCAUUGCCCGCCUCUGGCCCAACUACUGCCUCUUCCUGGCACUCUUCCUGCUGUACCAGUACAUGCUGUGCCUGGGCAUCCCUCCCGCCCUGUGCAUCGACUACCCGUGGCGCUGGAGCCAGGCCAUCCCCAUGAACUCUGCACUCAUCAAGUGGCUGUACCUGCCCGACUUCUUCAGGGCCCCCAACUCCACCAACCUCAUCAGUGACUUCCUCCUGCUGCUCUGUGCCUCCCAGCAGUGGCAGGUGUUCUCGGCCGAGCGCACCGAGGAGUGGCAACGCAUGGCCGGUGUCAACACCGACCACCUGGAGCCGCUGCGAGGGGAGCCCAACCCCGUGCCCAACUUCAUUCACUGCAGGUCCUACCUCGACGUGCUAAAGGUGGCCGUCUUCCGCUACCUCUUCUGGCUGGUGCUGGUAGUGGUGUUCGUCACGGGGGCCACCCGCAUCAGCAUCUUCGGGCUGGGCUACCUGCUGGCCUGCUUCUACCUGCUGCUCUUCGGCACCGCCCUGCUGCAGAAGGACACACACGCCCGUCUCGUGCUGUGGGACUGCCUCAUUCUCUACAACGUCACCGUCAUUGUCUCCAAGAACAUGCUCUCGCUCCUGUCCUGCGUCUUCGUGGAGCAGAUGCAGAGCAGCUUCUGCUGGGUCAUCCAGCUUUUCAGCCUCGCGUGCACCGUCAAAGGCUACUAUGACCCCAGGGAGAUGCUGAGCAGGGACCAGGACUGCCUGCUGCCUGUGGAGGAGGCCGGUGUCCUCUGGGACAGCGUCUGCUUCCUGUUCCUGCUGCUGCAGCGCCGCGUCUUCCUCAGCCACUACUUCCUGCACGUCAGGGCCGAGCUCCAGGCCACCGCCCUUCUGGCCUCCAGGGGCUUUGCGCUCUACAACGCUGCCAAUCUCAAGAGCAUCGACCUGCACCGCAAGGCAGAGGAGAAGUCCUUAGCCCAGCUGAAGAGACAGAUGGAGCGUAUCCGGGCCAAGCAGGAGAAGCACAGGCAGGGCCGCAGCCACCUCCAGAACCCCCCGGACCCCGGCCAGGAGCCAGGGCCCGGCAGUCCAGGGGGCUCCUCCCCGCCACGGAGACAGUGGUGGCGGCCCUGGCUGGACCAUGCCACAGUCAUCCACUCCGGGGACUACUUCCUGUUCGAGUCGGACAGUGAGGAGGAGGAGGAGGAGGCCCAGCCCGAGGACCCCAGGCCAUCAGCACAGAGCGCCUUCCAGAUGGCGUACCAGGCGUGGGUGACCAAUGCCCAGACAGUGCUGAGGCGGCAGCGGGAGGAGCGGGCGCAGCAGGAGCAGGGAGGGCAGCUGCCCCUGGGAGGAGGCCCGGGCCAGGAGGCGGAGCCAGUGGAGGACCCCGAGGACGAGGUGGCAGGCCACAGCCACGUGAUGCAGCGAGUGCUGAGCACCAUGCAGUUCCUGUGGGUGCUGGGGCAGGCGCUGGUGGAUGGGCUGACGCGCUGGCUGCACACCUUCACACGGCACCACAGCGCCAUGAGUGAUGUGCUGCGUGCUGAGCGCUACCUGCUCGCACAGGAGCUGCUCAGGGGUGGCGAGGUGCACCGGGGCCUGCUGGACCAGCUGUACACAAGCGAGGCUGAGGCCGCGCCAAGAGGCUCCUCGGAGGCCCGCGAUGCACCGAGCACAGCGUCAAGCGGGCUGGGGGCUGAGGAGCCGCUAAGCAGCAUGACCGACACCAGCAGCCCCCUGAGCACCGGCUACAACACCCGCAGCAGCAGCGAGGAGCUGGUCACGGAGUCCAGGGCUGCCCUGCGCGGCUCCCUGGAGCUCCCCAGCAAUGCUCGCACCUGGACGCGCACGGCCAGCGAACUGCUCCUCCACAGGUGCCUGCCCAUCCCGGAGCUGGAGGAGGCUGAGCGGUUCACGGAGGGGCAGGGCCGGGUGCUGCGGCUGCUGCAGGCCGUGUACCAGUGUGUGGCCGCCCACUCGGAGCUGCUCUGCUACUUCAUCAUCGUCCUCAACCACAUGGUCACCGCCUCGGCUGCCUCCCUCGUGCUGCCUGUGCUGGUCUUCCUGUGGGCCAUGCUGUCCAUCCCGCGGCCCAGCAAGCGCUUCUGGAUGACCGCCAUCAUCUUCACCGAGGUCACGGUGGUCACCAAGUACUUGUUCCAGUUUGGCUUCUUCCCCUGGAACAGCCACACAGUGCUUCGGCGCCACGAGAACAAGCCCUACUUUCCGCCACGCAUCCUGGGCCUGGAGAAGAGCGACAGCUACAUCAAGUGCGACCUGGUGCAGCUCCUGGCCCUCUUCUUCCACCGUUCUCAGCUGCUGUGCUACGGCCUCUGGGACCACGAGGAGGAGCCGCUCCCCGAGGAGCACGACAGGGGUGGUGGGAAGAAGUGGGCUGAGGAGGAGCCAGCCCUGCUGGGACCCCAGACCGAGGCGGGCACAGGGCCCCAGAAGGAGCCAGGGGUGGCCGCAGCCCCCACCGAGGACGACAUCCAGGUGGCAGUGAGGGAUGGUCCCCCAGAGUCCCCAGUGGACCUCAAGCCCCACGACAAGAGGCGCGUCACUCUGCGCUUUAGGAGGAGAAGGAAGGAGAACGCAGAACCCAGAGGCCUGGCAGCCACUGAAGCUGAGGAUGGGGACCAGGAGGAGGAGAAGGAAGCAGCAGCCACAGGGAGAGAGAAGAGGCGGAGCCGUCCCCAGGAAAGAGUGAGGGCAGCUGGGCUCUGGCUGCAGAGCUUCUGUCUGUCCCUAGCCCAGAGCAUGUACCGGCCCCUGCGGCGUUUCUUCCAUGACAUUUUGCACACCAAGUACCGCGCGGCCACCGACGUCUACGCUCUCAUGUUCCUGGCUGAUGUCGUUGACUUCAUCAUCAUCAUCUUUGGCUUCUGGGCCUUUGGGAAGCACUCGGCAGCCAGGGACAUCACAUCGUCCCUGUCGGAUGACCAGGUGCCUGAGGCCUUCCUGGUCAUGCUCCUGAUCCAGUUCAGCACCAUGGUGGUUGACCGUGCCCUCUACCUGCGCAAGACAGUGCUGGGCAAGCUGGCCUUCCAGGUAGUCCUGGUGCUGGCCAUCCACCUCUGGAUGUUCUUCAUCCUGCCCGCCGUCACUGAGAGGAUGUUCAGCCAGAACGCGGUGGCCCAACUCUGGUACUUCGUGAAGUGCAUCUACUUCGCCCUGUCCGCCUACCAGAUACGCUGCGGCUAUCCCACCCGCAUCCUCGGCAACUUCCUCACCAAGAAGUACAACCACCUCAACCUCUUCCUUUUCCAGGGGUUCCGGCUGGUGCCGUUCCUGGUGGAGCUGCGGGCCGUGAUGGACUGGGUGUGGACGGACACCACACUGUCCCUGUCCAAUUGGAUGUGCGUGGAGGACAUCUACGCCAACAUCUUCAUCAUCAAGUGCAGCCGAGAGACAGAGAAGAAAUAUCCCCAGCCCAAGGGGCAGAAGAAGAAGAAGAUUGUCAAGUAUGGCAUGGGUGGCCUCAUCAUCCUGUUCCUUGUGGCUAUCAUCUGGUUCCCACUGCUCUUCAUGUCGCUGGUGCGCUCUGUGGUCGGUGUUGUCAACCAGCCCAUUGACGUCACUGUCACCCUCAAGCUGGGCGGGUAUGAGCCCCUGUUCACCAUGAGCGCCCAGCAGCCGUCCAUCGUGCCCUUCACACACCACGCCUACGAGGCGCUGUCCAGGCAGUUUGACCCCCACCCGCUGGCCAUGCAGUUCAUCAGCCAGUACAGCCCUGAGGACAUCGUCACAGCGCAGAUCGAGGGCAGCUCUGGGGCACUGUGGCGCAUCAGCCCGCCAAGCCGGGCCCAGAUGAAGCGGGAGCUGUACAACGGCACCACCGACAUCACCCUGCGCUUCACCUGGAAUUUCCAGAGGGACCUGGCCAAGGGCGGCAAUGUGGAAUACACCAAUGAAAAGCACACCCUGGACCUGGCCCCCAAUAGCACUGCGCGGCGGCAGCUGGCCAGCCUGCUCGAGGGCACCUCGGACCAGUCAGUGGUCAUCCCCAACCUCUUCCCCAAGUACAUCCGUGCCCCCAACGGACCUGAAGCCAACCCUGUGAAGCAGCUACAGCCCAACGAGGAGGCUGACUACCUCGGUGUGCGCAUCCAGCUGCGGAGGGAACGUGUGGGCUCGGGGGCCGCUGGCUUCCUCGAGUGGUGGGUCAUUGAGCUGCAGGACUGCAAGGCCGACUGCAACCUACUACCCAUGGUCAUCUUCAGUGACAAGGUCAGCCCGCCCAGCCUGGGCUUCCUGGCCGGCUACGGGAUCAUGGGGCUCUACGUGUCCAUUGUGCUGGUCAUCGGCAAGUUCGUGCGCGGCUUCUUCAGUGAGAUCUCACACUCCAUCAUGUUCGAGGAGCUGCCGUGCGUGGACCGCAUCCUCAAGCUGUGCCAGGACAUCUUCCUGGUGCGGGAGACGCGGGAGCUGGAGCUAGAGGAGGAGCUGUAUGCCAAGCUGAUCUUCCUGUACCGCUCGCCUGAGACCAUGAUCAAGUGGACGCGCGAGAAGGAGUAGGAGCCGGCUCCUUGCACACCAUGAUCGAAGGAGCCGCCCGGCGGGCUGGUGGGCAGCCUUCCUCGGGCCACAGGAGCAGACACCCCAGUCCAAGGCCACCACCUGUGACAUGUCCGCCUGGCCCACUGAGCCCUAAUGCUGCUGUCAGAAGGAAGCUGCGGCCCCUCCAGGCCCAGCGCAGGACUGCUGUCCCUUCCUGUCUUCCCUGCUGGGCCCCAUGCACACUGGGCCAGGCCUUUCCCAUGCGUACUAUAGAGUUUUCUAAUUAAAAACGUUUUUAUUUAUACAAACGGA